UUACAGCAAAUCCAUCAAAACACUCGAUCACACCGAACCAAUAGACUGACCAAAUACAUUUCAUUAUUCAUCAUCGUCCGUCUGUACACCAGAAGAAAAACUAAUAUGAUGUUAAAAGCAAUAUUUAUGUGCGUUCUCGUUCACGUGUUGGUCGCUUCGUGUACACAAAUGCUGUCAAAAAACGUGACGUCAGUCGUUAAGUCUUCCGAUUCAGAGAAUCACAGACUCAGUGAAUUGCCCACUAAUUAUACAACCAUGGCAAUAGAAGAUAUGAUUAAUUAUUCUUCUAAAGCUUUAAUGGCUAUCAACAAACUGCAGGCCAAUCAAAAAUCAUUUAACAUGGCGAUUUUAAAAGGAAUGUGCAACUCAGGGCAAACAAUGUAUUCAAGAAUACUGAACAAAUCCUUAAAGUCACUGUUGGAAGUUAUGAUUUCUGAUCAACAGACAUCUUUAGCACACAUACACAUUCCUGAAUUGCCAGUCUUCAAUCAGUCAGAAACGAACGGAAUGAGCAUUUCAGAAUUUAAAAUAAAAAAUAUCUUAUUGGAAGGUUUGGAAAAUGUAAUGAUACAAAAAUGUGAUCUUGAUGUGUGCACCAUGUCAACUCAAUUUAAAGCCACCAUACCAGCAUUGGCAAUUAAAACCGACUAUACAUUGAAGGGGAUUGUCGACAACUCUCCCGUUAUUGGUACCGGUAACAUGACUAUUGCUGUUAAUACGCUGUAUAUUAAUGUUGAGACGUUUUUGGACUGUAACAUGGUUAUCUUUUCGGAAGAAGAUUGUCGGCUCAGCAACAGAAACAAAACAUUGGACAUAUCCUUGGAAAGCGUUUUGGUGAGCAUGACCGGUAUCCACUACAAGAAUUUAACCAAAUCAAAAAUCGACAAAGGAAUCAAUGCCUUUAUUGAUGCCUACAUCAAAUCCGAUCAAAGCGGAUUAGUUGAGAAAAUCACAGGACUGCUGGUUUCUUAUAAAAAUGAGGUGAUGAAACGCAUGAGUCCCUCAAAGCUCCUAAACAAUUUAAAGGAUCAAUUGAUGGCAAUCACGGUCGAUUUGAAAAAAAAGAGGCGAUCUUUUAAUGGACAUCAAAUUAUCCACAAUUAUGUUUCAAUUUAUGUGUAAAAAAAAUAUUUCACUUUAAAUGGAUUUAAAGAACUAACGUAAAUAACGUAAAUAACUAUUGACCAUACAUCUAAUAUCAUAAAUUCAUUAUACUAUUGCUAUAUUUGAAAAAUGUUGUGUGAUAUAACUAUGUAAUAACGCAAAGAAAUAAACUAAUAAUUAACAUUAAUUGAUUUACUUAAUAUAUUAUAUUCUAUACGAAGACGACA